AUGUGGCCACAGCAGCGUAUCAAGUCCCGAAAGCGUACCGAACAAAUGGACGAGGAAGGACUUCAGCCUGAUUCCAUCGACGUUUGGACCCUCAACAUCAUCCAACGAUACGAGGCACGUGCAGGGUUGGAUGAUGUGUGUUUGGCGGAUUUUGCCGCACACUACACGGAGGAUAGGAAGAGCGGCCGUAAAACCUACAAGUUGCGUGGCUUUCCUCGUGUGCUGCGGUGGUGCUCGUAUGACAUGACGGACACGAUCGAGUACAAACGGGUGAUGGUACUACUCUUCAUACCAUUCCGCAAUGAAGUUUGCGAUGUGCUCGACCGGAACAAAUUUGAGCAAUUGUACGUUGAACAUGGCGCCACCAUACUCGCCAAACGCAAAGAGUACGACUGCGAUAUCAACCUUGAGCAGAUCGUUAACGAAUAUAUUCGGAUCUCUGAUAACGAUGGUGAUCAGCAGGUGGUUGGCAGCAAGAAGCACGACGAGUUCGUUCGCACCAUCAAUAUGGAACCCAAUGAUGACGACAUCCAUACCCUGCCUACUGGACCCUUUGCUGCAGUCGUCAAACAGCGUUCGAACGUUAUGCCGAAGCAGGCCUACUGCGAGAUGGUGCGCGCUACAAACGCAGAGCAACGUGGUUUGGUUUUGCAAAUUAUCGACAACUUGCACAGUUUCGAUGGCAACAGAAAGCCCGUACAUAUAUUCUUCACUGGCCCGGCAUGCUGUGGUAAUCAGAAGAUUCUGAUGGAAACUGUCAAUCGGUUCAGUCAGGCGCACAACAGGCAGAACAAUGCCUACGUUGCAUGUGCCUCUACUGGGAAGGCAGCAGUUGCCAUCGGUGGAACCACAGUGCAUUCGGCGUUCAAAAUUACCAUGGCUCGUAGGCAGAGCAAUAGCCUGAGCUUUGAAGUGUUGCAGUUGUACCGUAAUGCAUUUGCGAACGUCAAAAUGAUCAUCAUCGACGAGGUCAGCAUGCUUGGUGCCGAUGUGCUCAACACCAUCAACAUCCGGCUUCAGCAGAUCACCUCGAACCAUGAUGUUCCGUUCGGCGGAAUGCAACACGCUCGACCAGUGUUCAAACCUUGUGCCAACUCUAUUAUUGAUGCGGUGUUGUGGCAGUCGCUUGAUUUUUAUCCGCUGGUUCAGGUUAUGCGCCAAACCAACGAAGAGUUUUCAUCCAUCCUAACCAAAAUCGGUAACGGAGAACGAUUGUCACCGGAUGAGAUUAAGCUCAUUGAGAGCAGAUUUCGCACAGCUGAGUGGUGUCAGCAGAAUGUACCCCGUGCGAUCCGACUGUUUCACCGGAACAUCGAUGUGGAACGGUACAAUUCUGAAGCGUUGGUUGAUCGCGAUGCAGUUGAUUGUACGGCUGAUGACGUCUACUCGGGCUACAAAGACAACUCGCAGCUGGCUGGUGCUCGCACGAAAAUGCAUAAGAUGAGUACUGUGGAGACUGGGGGCCUACCAUACCUACUGCGGCUUGCACUGGGAGCUCCGUAUAUGUUGACCACCAAUGUUGACGUCGAGGAUGGCAUCGUGAAUGGCGCGAUCGUGGAGCUUAUGUUCGUCGAGCAUAAGGAGGAUGAUCCCCAGCAAUCUAUCUCAAGACUCUGGAUGAUGUUCGAGAACGAAUCCUUCGGAAAGAUUCUGAGGGUGAAGGCCAGACCGUUGGUUGCCAUGAAGCCUACCGUUUUGAAGCAUGAAUGGACCCCUAUCGUGAUGCGAUCGGCGAACAUCAACCUCAACGGUGGCGUCAAGUGCAGGAGAGUACAGUUCCCUGUGGUUAGCGCAUGUGCCCCAGGGCCACCAAUAAUUCGACAAAGAGUUAGUUUUGAAGACAAUUUCUUUCCAGAAUAUCACAGUUACACUUAA